CGGACACGUCGCGUAGAAGGAGCUCACGCUGUCGGUGGGACCAAGAACAAUGUCUCCAGACCAUACCACAGCACCUGUCAUGACCCUAACGGACGUCACAUCGCAGGGCAACGCGACGGACAGUAUGCCUCUGCCACUGGUCUUGGGUCUGUCCGUGGGGUUGCCGUUAGCAACCCUGGCCAUCACUGGUGUGGUGGUGGCUGUCGUCUGGUGUCACUCCAGGUCCGGCAAGCUUGAGUCCAUGGCCCCGAGGGCAGACCCCCCGAAGGACGUCCAGGACUACCCCCCUGUUGCCACCAGCUACCCCCCUGUUGCCUCCAGCUACCCCCCUGUUGCCACCAGCUACCCCCCUGCUGCCACCAGCUACCCCCCUGCCCCUACGGAACACAUCUACGAGAACUACCAGGCGGCGGGGGGCUCUCCUCGCGUGGCGACGGCGUUACACACUCCGGGCAACGCCAGCGGAGGCCACAGAAGUCCUUUUGUUGGCCGCCAGGCGCCCAGACAGGUGGAUCCAGGAGACACUGGGAUUUACGCCAACGUCCCAUCCACGUUCCCCUCCAGAACCUAACAUGGCCGAACACUCCCCUGACCACGCCCAAGCCCCGAGAUGAACGAGCCCCUGACCACGCCCAACCCCCGAACUGAACGAACCUCUGAUAUGAACCCUUGAUCACAUCACAACCAGAUCAUGACGGGAUCUAUACUGCUCCCCCUGUUAGUUACCUACUCCCUGGGCAGGUUCUGGAGCGGUCCGUUACUACCUGGGCAGGUUCUGUAGCGGUCCGUAACUACCUGGGCAGGUUCUGUAGCGGUCCGUUACUACCUGGGCAGGUUCUGUAGCGGUCCGUUACUACCUGGGCAGGUUCUGUAGCGGUCCGUUACUACCUGGGCAGGUUCUGUAGUGGGUCCGUUACUACCUGGGCAGGUUCUGUAGUGGGUCCGUUACUACCUGGGCAGGUUCUCUAGUGGGUCCGUUACUACCUGGGCAGGUUCUGUGCUGCAGGCUGUACACCUGGUAGCUGGUCUAUCUCCCCGGUUCCCUUAAAUUGCCCCCCUCUCAUCUCGACCAGAUCUCUUAAAUUGCCCCCACCCGCCCCCCCCCCCAUCUUGACCA